CGCUCAGGGCAGUGGGGGAGGUGGGCAGGGAUACCAGGCCGCUGGUAGCUGCCUGCAGGGCGCGGAGACCAGACCCUCCCCAGCAUCCUUGGGGAAGGGAAGAGUCCAGCCCUCCCCGUCAGUUCGAGGCACCACAGCAAGUCCCCGGACCCUGUGGCGGGCUGGGGCUGGGGCUCUCCUCGCCCUGCGCCCCCACCGGCAGCCUGCCGCAGGGCGGGGCUUUUCUCCUUGCUAGGCCCCAGGCAGGUGAGGGCACGGGCGGGGGGGGGGGGGGGGGGGGGAAGCGGGUCUCUGCCCUUACCAAAGAUGGCUCCGGCAGCUACUGGGGCCGGAUCACGUGGCGGCCGAAGGCGGUUGCGGCGCGGGACAUGGAGCCAGGGCGGCUGGAGAAGUUCCCGAGCCCGGGCCGGGGCAGCGGCCUCCGCGCGCUGAAGCGGGCGCGGCCCGGCGAGCUGCUGUACCGGGCCGAACCCUUCGCCUGCACCGUCACCAAGCACCGACUGGGCGGCGUGUGCGAGCGCUGCCUGCGCAGGAAUGAACGGCUGCUUAGAUGCUCUCAGUGCAAAAUUGCCAGAUACUGUGAUACACGUUGUCAGAAAGAAGCCUGGCAGGAGCACAAGCAAGAAUGCAAGUGUCUUAAGAGUACUGAGCCUAACUUUCCUCCUGACUCAGUGAGACUUGUUGGCAGGAUUGUUUUUAAACUACUUGGACAAUCAGCAGCAUGUUCUUCUGAGAAACUCUACUCUUUUUCUGAUCUUCAGUCAAAUAUUGAAGAGUUAAGUGAAGAAAUGAGAGAGGGUCUCAGACACCUGGCACAGACAUUGCAGCUUUAUUUGAGAGUGGAGAUCCACGAUGCUUUUCAGCUGCUACCUGCAAUAGACAUUUUUCAGAUCUUCGCAAAAGUGACCUGUAACUGUUUCACCAUCAGUAAUGGAGAAAUGCAGGAUGUUGGUGUUGGCCUGUAUCCCAGCAUGUCUCUCCUUAACCACAGCUGCGACCCAAACUGUGUGAUCGUUUUUGAGGGACGCCAGCUUCUACUUCGGUCAGUCCGGGAGAUCCAGAUUGGUGAAGAGCUCACUAUCAGCUAUAUUGAAUCACUGAUGCCCAGCAGUGAGCGUCAGAAACAUCUGAAACGUCAGUAUUGUUUUGAAUGCAACUGUCUUCUGUGCCAGACACAAGAAAAGGAUGUUGACAUGCUGGCAGGUGAAGAAAAAGCCUGGAAAGAAAUCAAAGAUGCUGUAACUAAAGUGGGAGACCCAAGGUCACAAGAAGAGUGGGAGCAGGUUCUGGCAAUGUGCCAGGCUCUUCUAAAUAACAAUGCAGAUCAUCUUCCAGACACAAACAUCUAUCUGCUGAAAAUGCUUGACUGCGCCAUGGAUGCCUGUAUUAAUCUCAGACGUUGGGGGGAAGCCUUGCUUUACGGCAAAAGGACUCUAAAACCAUACAGACUGUAUUAUUCCAGCUUUCAUCCCUUGAGGGCUGUCCAGUUGAUGAGAGUGGGCAAAUUGCAGCAUACUCAAGACAUGUUUCCUCAAGCACUGGAGACCUUGAAGCAGGCUUAUAACAUUAUGAAAGUAACACAUGGAGCAGAUCACAGCCUGGUACAAGACCUGAUGAGACUUAAGGAACAGUGUGAAGCUGGCAUGUGAGCACAGUGAGGAUGAUCUCAGGCUGGAAAACUAACAUUCAGGGGAGAAGGAAAGCAAAUCUUUUUUGUAUUGACAUUCUAUGACCUGAGCCAAAGCCCUCUGAAUUCAUUGGAAUGACUCCCAUUGAGUUUGGUAGGCUUUGAAUCAGGCUCUAUUUCCUUUGCUAAAAUGUUCAAUGCUUAUUAGCUUUGCUGUUCUACGGUGUAAUUUUCCUCACUGAAUUCAAAUGUGGAGGAAUACAGGCCAUUUUGAGAGAGAGUCUACUCUCUGGGAAGCAAAUAAGUCUUAGCAAUUGAUGUUCAAGUUACACGUUGGUAAUAAAAAACAUACCUGUAUACAGAAUGCUGCUGUGCACAAAUCAGCAUCUUCUUUGGCUGUUUAUGAGGUGUUUAAAUGGUCCCUCUCUGUGUUUAUGUUUUAAUAAAUGGACUUGAACCAAAAGCCCAGGUUCAAAUGUCUCUGGACAUAGGAAGAGUUUGAAAUCUAAAGUCAGACCCAGCCAGUACUUGUCUCACCAUUCUAUUGGUUUCCUUCUCACACUCUAAACUGAGUUCUUCUUUCCAGGCUGCUCUUUAUGUGUAGAAUGACCUCUGAAUCCGAGCUUGACAAAUCACCACCGUCCUCCGGCUUAUUCAAAUCCCUCCUUAAGCCUGUUUUUUUUCUGCCAUGCCCACGAUUUGUGAAUGCAUAAUAAAAGAGUAAAUAUGUAGUUACAGAUCCUCAUCUGUUGUAAAUCCAUGUAGCACCAUUUAAGUCAAUGGCUAAUUGACUAUGCAAGUUUACACCAGCUGAGGAUCUGGCCCCAGAUACAUAAUCAAUAGAUUAUAAAAAACAUAAAUUAAAUCCCUUCUCUGAUUUCCCAGCAUAUCCUGUCUCUGAAGGCCUGAUUCAAAGCCCAUGGAAGUCAAUGGAAAGACUCCUGAUGAGCUAAGUGAGUUUACCCUCUAGAUUGUAAGCUCUUCAAGGCAGUACCUCUCUUUAGUUUGUGUCUUGAACGGGGCCCAGCACAUGUAUAGCACUUCCCGAUAAUAUAACAAUAUCUAUAUUUUACAAAUGUCUCCUGUCUUUAUAAUGGACUAAACCGAAGCAUUGGAUCAGAACAUGGCUACAUUUAAAAAUGUUUGAAAUUCUGGUCUGAAUUUUGCCCCCAUCUCUUUUUUCUUUAAGGGACAUCAUUAUGAUUGUGGGGUUCUUCAGUUCCAACUGCUUUAAAAAUGACCUCAGAGACCUCUCCAGAUCAGUGAUCCUUUUGCCUUCUGCUCUAGGUCCACAUACACAGCUUUUAAGGGCUGUGCAUGAAACUCCUUCAAGAUCUGUGGCUGUGAUACAUGGUCAGUUACAAAUGAAGGCAGAGCAAGAAGACUGUGGAUUAUCAAUUUGCUGCCAGGCCGAUUUAUAUAUGGCCAGGGAAAAUGAGGAGCACCGAUCAAACUCACUGAUAGUGCAGGAGCCAUGCAUUUUCAAUGUGGGAAGGGAAAGAAGGAAAGGACCAAUGUAAUCCCACUCUGAGCAGCAGCCAGUAGGGAGGCAGGUGAGGGGGAGAAAGGCCCUUCCCCUUUCAACAGCCAGUAGUGGCUGGGAUCAGGGGAGUCAGGAAAACAGAAGAGACCACUCCCUGCAAGUAGAGAACCAAGCAAAGGAAAAUCUUUCCAUGUAAAAGAGAGGGAGGUGGAAAAGAGCUGAGGAGAUGCUCUUCUCUGUGCCUUAUAAAGUAACUGCAACCCCUCAUUCCUAGAUUGGAAUUAAUUGGACACACCUGAUCUGAGCUGAGAGUGACUUUGCAAAAAUCUCUCUGACUCUCUAUGCAGGGUUCCAGCACCAGACAUCAGAUUGAUCCAACAGACGAGCCCUGCAAUCUCACACAGGGUCCCAGAUUCUGAAUAUCAGACACUUUGUCGGGUCAUCACAAUGUUUUGGUAUGGUGUGUGACAGGGUCAGGCCAGAUGGCUAUAGGAGAGUGAUAGAAGGCAGAUAUAUUAGCCCCAGAUUAAGUAGGUCCCUUUUCCCUGGGUAAGAUAACAGGGAAGGUUCCAGAACAAUCAGGAACUUUCUGGAAACAAGUAAGGCAGACAGGCUGAUUAGAACACCUGCAGCCAAUCAAGAAGCUGCUAGAAUCAAUUAAGACAGGGAAGCUAAUCAGGGCACCUGGGUUUAAAAAGGAGCUCACUUCAGUUUGUGGUGUGCAUGUGAGGAGCUGGGAGCAAGAGGCGCAAGAAGCUGAGAGCGAGAAGGUGUAUGACUGGAAGACUGAGAAGUACAAGCAUUAUCGGACAUCAGGAGGAAGGUCCUGUGGUGAGAAUAAAGAAGGUGUUGGGAGGAGGCCAUGGGGAAGUAUUCCUGGGAGUUGCAGUUGUCACGCAGCUGUUACAGGAGCCACUGUAAACAGCUGCAAUCCACAGGGCCCUGGGCUGGAACCUGGAGUAGAGGGUGGGCCCAGGUUUUCCCCCAUCCCUCCCACUCCCUACCUGAUACUGGAGGAGUUGACCGACCUGGACUGCGGGUUCUACCGGAGGGGAAGGUCUCUGGCUUGUUCCCUGGUCAACUAGGUGGAUCAGCAAAGACUGCAGGGAUUGUUCUUCUUCCUUUCCCCAUGCUGGCCAGUGAUGAGGCUAACUGAGUGAUCGGCAGAUUUGAGUCAUGAAAGUGGCCAAACUGAGGGCUGCUGUGAACCUCUGAGGUGAGCAAAUCCGCCAAUAAACGCAGGACCCACCAAGGCAGAGGAGGAACUUUAUCACAGGUGGCUCUUUACAGAGUCAUUCUAUGAUGACUUUUUUAAAGGUUGGGCUGUACUGCCUUAGACCAUAACAUCCAAUUCAGACCUUGUGUGAGGUCAAUGCGGUUCCAUUAUGGAGAAACUUCACUCACUAUCUCCGUUUUUCUUCCACUAAUUGUAUGUUCUUGUCCAUGGCUGGGGUUAAGAACAGAUACAGCUUCCUGGCUUUCAGUGGAGUGGCACCUGCUUACACUAAGCCUGAAUUUGAACUUUUUGAUGCAGAGGCUAAUAGGUUUCAGCUCGUGUUUCUGUUAGAUAUAUUAGCUACUUGAGGACCUCUUGCAUUAACUGUUAAUAAUGUUUUUAACUUCUAGAAUAAACUGAGAAAUUUAACAUCAAGGUAAUUAAAUACAUCCAAU